ACGAUUUGCAGAGAUCUCUACAACUCAGCAAUGGCAAAUUAUCAAAUUUUUAGAAUAUUUUUUGUCCUAAUCUCAGCACAAAUUAUCUUCGGCAAACCUGCAGGUCUAACCUUGGAUAAUUUAGACAAUUUAGAUGAAUUGAGAAACAGCAGCAGGGCCUCGGCAAAACUUAAAUUGUUUGUCAUAGAAAAUUUCAUGAUCACACCCCGUCAACAUGCCGCCAACGCUGCCAAUGCCACGCAAUAUAUGCUCAAAGAUGAAUCCUUAAAGGCCCACAAUGAGCCCGAAGUUUUAGAGUUUAAAAAUAAUCUAAACAAGUUAUUGAACAUUUAUAAUCCUUCCAGCUCCAAAGUCGAACCAUUCUAUGAAACAAUGGAUGUUUUUGCAAAUAUUACCAAUCAGUAUUUGGAUCUUCCCGAGGACAAAGUAACUGAGGAAUCCAAAUUUAUAAUUGAGCUAAUGCACAAAUACAAUUGUGACAAAGUUGUCAUGAGCAUUGAAACUUAUUUUGAGCAAUUUUUUGAGAAAUUUAUCAAAAUGUUUGAAGCCAACAAACAGGAUUUGGAAAAACUCUUAUUGGAUUGGUAUGAACAUUUUAUUAAUACAAAUAAUUUACAGAAGAAAAUUGCCUUGAUUGUUGAUUUUAUGAUAAUGUUUUGAGAAAAGUAAAUAAAGCAAAUAUUCUGAAGAUUAUUAUGAUAUAAAUUAAUAAUUUGAAGAAAUAUAAGCAGCAUAAAUGAAUGAGAAUGAUAA